CACUGUUUUGAGAGGGCUCACUUGACAGCCGGUCGACGACAGAGGGCUGGCUUGACAUUAGUAAAGUUGCAUGGCUCCUCCUUCACUCAAAUGAAACAUAUAAAUCAACUUCCAAGAAGCGCUUCACGCCGUUGUUUGUCCAAGACAGCGAGAACUCCCCCAUGUUUAAGCAAGUUGAUAAAGCCGCACCACCCGCUGCUCCACGGGAACAUCAUCGGACAUGUCGUCUGGACGUCAGCAAAUCGCAGCAUGUCCUGUAUGUUGUUGGCACUUCUUUGGAUGUGAGCAUCUACAGGAGUGCCCCUCCCAGCUCCAAGUUCUUUUCUGUAAAAUGCACUCCCCAGGUUAAUUGCAGCAUCAGCCCACCAACUCCAGAAACCUCCCAUCAGUCUCAAAUUCCUCUUAACAGUAAUACCAGUCUUCUCAUCAGCAUGGACCGUGCUAGUGAAUUUGAAAAUGAAUCCAAGCUGUCAGUGCGCUAUUACAACGAGGACAGUAAUGCUGUUGGAGUAGCAGUUCUGCAUUUAACAGCUGUUGAGAUUUCUCUGGAUGUGGAUGCUGACAGGGAUGGCAUUGUGGAGGAAAACAACCCCAAUAAGGGGUCAUGGAAGUGGGGUCCUAAUGGGUAUGGAGCCAUCCUUUUGGUCAACUGUGACUCAGAGACAACCAAACGCUCUUUGAAAAAGCCAGACUGCAUGCUGGACUACAUCCGCAAUGUCUCAGAUCUUAAGGACAUGUCACCCAUGAAGCUGCGAACUAGAGGUCCUUCUCGUCUCCCCAAGGGCUACAAACUGAUGAUGCACAUCUGUUUAGGAGAUUCAGAGAAAAUCCGUGUCUUUGGAUCCAAAUCUGGCAAUAAACAGGUUAACAAUGCAGAAAGCACCAACACUGUGAAAGACUAUCCAGUAGUUCUGGGCCCUGAGGUCCUUUCUCAGGAGGUGCCUUACCCUGGAGGCGAUGCAGAGAUGGACUUCCAUGUGGAAGGUCUCGAGUUUCCUGACAAAGACUUUGAUGGGCUCGUCACCAUUAAUCUCAGUCUGCUAAAGCCAAUUAGUGAUGCGGUUCCUGAGACUCCCAUUUUCACAGACAAAGUGAUGUUCAGAGUGGCCCCAUGGAUCAUGACACCCAACACCCUCCAGCCUGAGGAGGUGUUUGUCUGCCGCACAUCUGAUAACCAACCGUUCCUGAAAGAGAUUAAAGAUCUAGUUACAAAGAGCGGCUACAAGCUGAAAAUUUGUGAACCAUUCAUGAAUAGAGGAGACCGCUGGAUCCAAGAUGAGUUAGAGUUUGGAUUUGUUGAUUCACCUCAUCAUCAGUUUCCUGUUGUUCUGGACUCCCCAAGAGACGGGGAACUCAAAAACUUUCCAUGUAAAGUACUACUGGGGCCUGACUUUGGCUACGUGACACGUGAACCUCAAAGUGAUGAGGUGAGCACGAUGGACUCGUUUGGAAAUCUGGAGGUGAGCCCCCCUGUCACUGUGAACGGAAAAAAAUACCCUCUGGGCAGAAUCAUCAUCGGGGUUGCUUUCCCAACGGCAAAAAAUGGACGAAACAUGACCAAAGUGGUUCAGGACUUCCUGUGGGCUCAAAGGGUCCAAAAGCCCAUCGCCUUGUUUUCUGACUGGCUUGUUGUUGGGCAUGUAGACGAGUUCAUGACUUUUGUACCUGCACCUGACAGAAAGGGCUUCCGGCUGCUACUUGCGAGCCCAGAUGCAGCCUACAAAUUAUUCAAAGACUUGAAGAACAAUGGACACGGACAAGCCAGGAUGUUUGAUGGGUUCCCAAAAGAACGACAAAUAACAGUGGAGGAAAUCCUUGGUGAUCGUGUUUUGCUAAAUCAUAAUAACUACGUUCAGAGCUGCAUCGACUGGAACAGAGAUGUAUUAAAGAAGGAACUGGGCCUGGAUGAUGAUGACAUCAUUGACCUGCCAAUUCUCUUUAAGUUGGAGAAGAAAAAUGAUGGGAGAGUGGUGGCGUUUUAUCCUGACAUGGUCAACAUGAUUGUUCUGGGGAAAAACCUGGGCAUCCCCAAGCCGUUUGGCCCUAAAGUGAACGGACGCUGCGCACUGGAGACAGAGAUGUGUUCCCUGAUGGGGGGCCUGGGCCUCAACUGCACAUUCAUUGACGACUACUACUCUUACCACAAAAACCUUGGAGAGGUGCACUGUGGCUCCAACGUCCGCAGGAAACCCUUUCGCUUCCAGUGGUGGAAUAUGGAGCUUUGAAAAUUGAGAAGAAGAAAAAAAGGCUAAAAAGACUUUUGGUUGUAAAGGAGGCACCUACUCCACCAAAAUGAUCAUUACAUCAUAUAUCAUUUCACUCAUAUCAUUACAAAACAUCUACCAAAACAAACAAAAAAAGUAUCAUUUGGCCAAAUGCUUUUCAUAUAACCCUUGUGCUAUCUUAGAUGACCCCACCCUUACAUUGACGUGUUCUCCCUACCAUGACAAAGUUGAAUAAAGGUGGAAAGAUUUCAUGUAAUCCAUGGACACCAGUGAAGAUCACAAAUCACUGAAGAAAAAAAGGUUCAGUGCACUGUCUAGUGGGUCUAGAUGACCCAACUCCCAAUGGUAAAGUGCCUAGGAUAGUACAAGGGUUAAGAACCUUGAUUAAAAUAACACACAUAUUUAAGGGAAAGUACUCUACAAUAGGAAGAAGGAUCCUUAUGUCAAGUAAAACCGAUAUCGUUGUAAGGAAAUUUCUUCUUCAUUUUAGCUCUGAUCAUUUUACAAGAAAUAAAGUACCAGUAACAUCAUCUUGGUGUUUACGUUUUUUAAUUAAAUACUUUACUGACAUUAUUUACAAAAAAGAUGAAAAUCAAUAUUUACAAACAUCUCAAAAACAAAGGGCCAAAACAAACAGUUGACAAAAACAGAAAUACAAUCAUUUGGAUUGAGCAUAAAGAAGAUUUGUUCUCGGUGUUAAAUGCGGUUGCUGGCUGUACAGUGCAAAAUAAAGACUGGUUCCACAGUAUUGUGCAUUAACAAUAAAGAGCCACAAGAGGGCAGACUU